AUGAAGCACUUCGCCAUUCUUUCACUUCUUGCGGCUCUUGCCACCGCAUCGCCCCUCGCGGUUGCUGAACCGGAUCCUAUUGGCGUUGCUGAAUCCGAACUUGCAGCCCGACAGCUGCGUAGCACCUCGAAUGAGCUGGGGACAGGCAGCAGCUCAGCGUGUCCCAGGGCUAUCUUCAUCUGGGCACGAGCUUCUACUGAACCAGGUAACAUGGGUAUCUCGGCUGGACCCAUCGUUGCUCGAGAACUGAACGACGAGUAUGGCGCCUCGCGCGUCUGGGUUCAAGGCGUUGGAGGGCCGUACGCCGCUGGUCUCGCUGAGAAUGCAUUGCCUGCCGGUACAUCUGCAGCUGCCAUCAGGGAAGCCCAACGUCUUUUCAACCUUGCCGCCAGCAAGUGCCAUAGCACGUCCAUCGUUGCCGGCGGCUACAGCCAGGGUACUGAUGUCAUAAGUAACGCUAUUUCUGGACUCAGCGCUGCUGUCCAGAACUAG